UUCCGUCGGCCAUUUUAGGUUGGGAACCAUCGAGGCGGCGCCAUUAAAGUGCGAGAAAGGAGGGAAACGCCAGCAGCUCGCGCACGUCGUCGCCGUCGCGCAGCGCAGCCCCUACUGACUCCCCUCCCCCCCGCGCGCCUCGCAGGAUCCCGCCUUCUUCUCCCGUCCCACCACAAACCUUCGGCGACCCUCUUCUCACCCUUUUCCUCCGAGACCAGCCAGCCGAGGCACCAUGUCGGAGCAGCCGGUCGCCGGAGAUGCCGCUGCCGCGGAGGCUCCGGAGCAAGCCGAGCAGCUUGAAGGGGCCUCGGGCAACGGAGGCGGCGGCGGCGGCGCCGAAGGAGGUGGCGGCGGUGGAGGAGGCGGCGGCGGCGGCGGCACAGGAGAAUCGGAGGGAGCGAAAAUCGACGCGAGCAAGAACGAGGAGGAUGAAGGGAAAAUGUUUAUCGGUGGCCUCAGCUGGGAUACUACAAAGAAGGAUCUUAAGGAUUACUUCACGAAAUUUGGUGAAGUUGUGGACUGCACCCUGAAGUUAGACCCAAUUACAGGGCGGUCAAGAGGCUUUGGCUUUGUGCUGUUCAAGGAAGCCGAGAGCGUAGACAAGGUCAUGGAUCAGAAAGAACACAAGCUGAAUGGAAAAGUGAUUGAUCCCAAAAGAGCAAAAGCAAUGAAAACAAAAGAGCCAGUUAAAAAGAUUUUUGUUGGUGGGCUAUCUCCAGAUACGCCCGAGGAGAAAAUAAGGGAAUACUUUGGAGGUUUUGGCGAGGUGGAAUCGAUAGAACUUCCCAUGGACAACAAAACCAACAAGCGUCGUGGUUUUUGCUUCAUUACUUUCAAAGAAGAAGAUCCAGUGAAGAAAAUUAUGGAGAAAAAAUACCACAACGUUGGUCUCAGUAAAUGUGAAAUAAAAGUAGCGAUGUCAAAAGAACAGUAUCAGCAGCAGCAGCAGUGGGGAACACGAGGGGGAUUUGCUGGAAGAGCUCGUGGCAGAGGUGGAGGCCCCAGUCAAAGCUGGAACCCCGGAUACAGUAAUUAUUGGAACCAGGGGUAUGGCAACUACGGUGGAUACAACAACCAAGGGUAUGGUGGCUACGGAGGUUAUGACUACACUGGCUACAACAACUAUUACGGAUACGGAGAUUAUAGCAAUCAGCAGAGUGGCUAUGGGAAGAUAUCUCGGCGAGGAGGUCAUCAAAAUAGCUACAAACCAUACUAAAUUAUUCCAUUGGCAGCCCACCCCAGACAGGUACGUCCCUCAUUUGUAAGCUGCGCCGUAACUUUAUACUUAAUAGUAGCUGUUUUUGAGUACAUUGCGUAAGAUAUUGUAAUGAUUGAUGUUUUAAAAUUUCGCAGCACCCAGAAGUGCUUACCGUAAUGUAACGUAAUGCCUUUGAAGAUAAGUAACCCAGGCGCUCUUAAGCUUUUGCCUUUUGCCCUGUAAAUUAACAAGUCAGUAAAGUUAACAGGUAAAGUACUGCUAAUGGGUACAAAUUAAGGAAUUGCAGCGAAAACAGUAUUGCCUACUAACUCUGAUAUUAUACCUUGUUUGUACCCGCCAGCGGGAACUUCCUUGCAGGCCCUGUGUCGCGCUGACUUCCCGAUUCUCACAGGCCCGCUCAAUGCGGACAGGGUACGAGAUGCUCACGCUCUCGAAUGCUGCCGUUUGGUAUGGUCUCUUCCAACAUCCUGUAUCAGCAUUAUAAUAAAAUGGAUACUUCAAGCUUUGCCUUCACUUAUUUCUUUGCUUGUAAAACUACUUGUAAUGUAAUUUUUUAAUGCAUUUUUUACAGGCCCAGUAAUGGUUAAAUACGUCAGCUUUACUGAAUAAUUUUAACUGUUUGUUCUUCUAAGGAUACAGCUUGUCUCUGGAUUUUCCAGUCUUUAAUUUUAUAUUUUAUUAAUCUAUUUUAAUGCUUGCUUUUCCCAUUUUUAUAGACGUUGUAGCAGUAAUUGCAAGAUGUUCUUGAGCUGAAGUCCUGUUGUGUCAACUCCUCUAACUUCUCAAUAUAAUAUACAUAUAUAUAUAUCACACACCUAUUUAUAGUAUACCUAUUUUAAUAACCCUUUCUCCUUGUUGUAUUUCUCUUAAUGGACAAGUAGUGCUGUUUUAGCUGGCAAUUAUAAGUCUUUAACAGAAGUGUUUGGGCCAAAAAUAGCCACUUGCUAAGCUACUACCGCUACUCAGUGGUGGUUGAGCAUUAAAGGGUUUGGGGAGAUCCUUUACGGCAUUUCGUGAAUAAACAAGUAUUUCCUGAGUAAUUCCAGAGAUGUGGAAAGACCCUUUUCCAAACAGUGGUGCACAUGUGGAUUUCCAGCUCAUGGACUCUCCUGUUCAGCUUUAAAAUAAAAAAAAGCAUAUUUGAUUAAUGUUGAUACAAUAUUUACAUAGUGGGACAUAGGGGUAUCUAAACACUUUCUGUAACUUUGGCUAGAACUUGUGGCCUUCACAAACUGACCCCUCUUUCUUUCUCUCUAGGUGGACAAGCAGUAUUCUCAUUUGAAGAUUCAUUUUGAGGUGGCUCGUGCUGCCUGCUAAUAGCAGUUCAAACUAAAUUUUUUGUAUCAAGUCCCUGAAUUGGAAGUAAGAUGUUGGUCCCUCUGAAGUUUGAUUGCGUUCUCAUUACAACAGAAUUGCUUUCACCGUCUUUUUUUUUUUUUUUUGCUAUGCUUAAGGAUCAAUUUGAUUUAUGCCCACGCCCAUUUUGUUCCCCAGUAUUGUAGAACAAAAGUCUUGUGUUUAAAGCCCAGUGUGACAGUGUCAUGAUGUAGUAGUGUCUUACUGGUUUUUUAAUAAAUCUUUUUGUAUAAA